AUGGAUAGUUGCAAGCAAAUGUCUACCCCUAUGGGAUCCGGAACUUAUGUUGAUCAAGACGAAUCCGGUACUUCAAUUGAUAUCACCAAAUAUCGAGCUAAUCCAAAGGAAUCACAUCUCACUGUCGUCAAACGAAUCAUGAAGUAUCUCAAGGGAACGACAAAUGUUGGCUUAUGGUAUCCUAAAGGUAGUAUGUGCAAUUUAAUUGGUUACUCUGACGCGGAUUAUGCAGGAUGUAAAACAGAUAGGAAAAGCAUGAGUGGAACAUGUCACAUUCUUGGAAAUGCACUAGUUUCAUGGGCAUUCAAGAAACAAGCGUGUGUUGCUCUGAGUACAGCCGAAGUAGAAUAUAUAGCAGCAGGCAGCUCUUGUGCUCAGAUACUCUGGCUAAAGCAAUAA